AACAUUGUUAAAAAACUUGUUUACUUCACGCUCAACUUUGCUUUAUAGUUAUUUUGUCAAAAAGAAAGUUUUUUUUUUCUACUCAAAAAAUUAGAAAUUAAUAAAGAAUAUAUUUGUUAAACAGCAGACGGAAUCACUAAAUUAUUAAUUUAAACCAAGAAUUGGUUGCAACGUAAGCAAAUUGUCUUAUAAGCACAAGCAUGAACAUUGUUUUUCCUCAAAGAAAGAUAAAGCAAAAGGAAAAGAAUUUCUUGUUUUAUUAAGUUAAAGAGUUUUUCACUUUAUGUUUUUUGUAAGAACUUUUCAAUCAAUAUUUGAAAGAAAUUCUGUUAAGGUUUAUAAUCGUCUUUGCAAAUUACAAGAUUUCAAGCAAAAUUCUAAAGCAAGUGUUAAUCUUAUUAAUAUUAAUAUCAGAAGGACAACAGCGAAUAUUAGAAAUUAUAGACAAUACAGCUCUUUUAGAGCCUUUAACAGCACUAAAGGCGAAAGCGGCAUUUUCAUUCAACAGCAUCAACAACAACGGAUUAAUUUUCAAUUUAUUAACAGUCAUAACAGUAAUAUAUUAAAUUACUACCCGUUGUCUUAUUGUGGUUGUAGGAGAAUAGCAAAAAUGGUGAUUGAUGAUGAAAGCGUGAAAUAUUUGAAUAUACCAGAUAAAUCUGAGAAUGACAAAAAAUUAUACAAGACUUUGGUUUUGCCAAAUGAUUUAAAGGUCUUGUUAAUAUCUGAUCCAAGCCCUGUGCCACACGAUGGUUUCACGUCGUCCUCGUACGACUCUACGGGCGAUUCGUGUGCAGAAGAGUCUAGCACAAGCGACGAGGGUGAGGACACUGAUUGCUCAGGUACCGACUCUGCCGACACUGAUUCAGAUGAUUCUGAAGGUGAUGAAAAAUUAGCAGCCGUAGCUUUAUUAGUGGAUGUGGGUUCAUUUUCUGAACCACCCCAAUAUCAAGGUUUGGCUCAUUUCUUAGAACACAUGAUAUUCAUGGGCUCAAAGAAAUACCCAACCGAAAACGCUUUUGACGCUUAUAUUAAAAAAUGUGGAGGUUUCGAUAACGCCAAUACGGAAUGCGAGGAAACACUCUAUUACUUUGAGGUUGCCGAGAAAUAUUUGGAUAGCAGCUUGGAUUACUUUACUGCUCUGUUGAAAAAUCCUUUAAUGUUAAAAGAAGCCAUGACCCGUGAGAGGAAUUCUGUUGAAUCGGAAUUUCAACAAACUCUCCAUGAUGACGAGGCUAGACGUGAUCAAUUACUAGCUAGUUUAGCUAACAAAAAUUUUCCGCAUAAUACUUUCACUUGGGGUAAUCUAAAAUCGUUAAAAGAAGAGGUUGAUGAAGACGAAUUGCAUAAAACGCUACACGAAUUUCGUGAACGACACUAUAGCGCCCAUCGCAUGUAUCUGUGUAUACAGGCUCGUUUGCCGAUAGACGAAAUGGAAAAUUUGGUUGUGAAACAUUUCUCGGAUGUACCCUCAAAUAAUUUGCCCGGCAAAGACUUUAGUGUGUACAAUUAUCGUGACGCUUUUAACGCUGACUUUCAUACGGAUGUGUUUUUUGUGAAACCUGUUGAAAAUGUAUGUAAGUUGGAAUUGACUUGGGUAUUACCCCCCGUGACGGGUUUGUAUCGAUACAAACCUGAUCACUUUCUUGCGUACUUGAUGGGCUAUGAAGGAGAGGGCAGCUUGUGUUCUUAUUUACGAAAAAAUUUAUGGGCCUUGGAAAUGAUAGCUGGCGUUGACGAUUCGGGAUUUGAUAACAAUUCCAUGUACUCACUGUUCAAUUUAUGCAUUUACUUAACUGAUACUGGUUUUCACCAUUUAGAAGAUGUCUUGGCUGCCACUUUCGCUUUCAUUAAACUUUUCUCCCAGUGCGGUUCUCUUAAAGAUACUUACGAAGAAUUGCAAAAUAUUGAAGCGAACUCUUUCCGUUUUGCCUCACAAAAAGCUGCAUUUGAUAAUGUACAAAAUUUGGUAAUAUGCAGUAAAUAUUAUCCACCUAAAGAUAUUUUAACUGGCAACGAACUUUACUUUGAGUACAACGAAGAACAUAUACAGAACAUUAUAAAACUUUUAAAUGAAUUCACCUUCAACAUAAUGAUAACAUCACAACAGAAGUACGAUGGCAUUACUUAUGAUAAGAAGGAGAAAUGGUUUGGUACCGAGUACACUACUAUUAAAAUGCCUGAAAAAUGGGUAAAUCUAUGGAUGUAUUCGGAGCCGAUGCCUGAAUUAUUUUUACCCAAACGUAAUCGUUUUAUAACGAAUGAUUUUCAUAUAUUUUGGCAUGACGAAGGUAAACCUGAUAUCCCAAUGGCACCUAAGCAAAUAUUGCAAACUGAUAUUUGUGAAUUGUGGUUCAGACAAGACGAUAAAUUCGAAUUGCCUGAUGCCUAUAUGUAUUUUUAUUUUAUAUCACCGCUGAUCAGGCAAUGCGUCAAAAAUGAUGUUAUAUGCACUUUGUAUGCAUCUUUAGUAAAAUAUCGUUUAGCGGAGGAACUCUAUCCGGCUACAGUGGCUGGUUUAAGUUACCAAUUUUAUAAUGCGGAAAAGGGUGUCGUUUUAAAGGUUAACGGUUUUAAUGAAAAGCUUCACUUAUUGGUUGAUAUUAUUACAAAAGCCAUGGUGUCUAUGGGUGAACAUAUAACUAAAAAACAAUUCGAUGUAUUUAAAAAGCAGCAAAAGAAACUCUAUUUUAAUGCUCUUAUUAAACCGAAAACUUUAAAUAAAGACAUACGGCUUAGUAUUAUUGAGAAUAUACGUUUUCCUAUAAUUGAUAAGUACAAGUGUAUCGACAGCAUCUCUCUGGAUGAAGUGUUGGAAUUUUCGAAAAAAUAUACACACGAGUUGUAUAUCCAGGCCCUAAUGCAGGGUAAUUUGAUCGAAGAAUCGGCGCACAAUGUUAUGAAUUCUGUAUUGACAACGUUAAACUGCUGUAACAUUAAAGAAACUAAAUAUAUUGAGAAUCGUACGGUGCAAUUACCGCAGGGCAGUCAUUAUAUACGCUGUCAUGCCUUGAACACUAAAGAUAUUAAUACGGUGGUAACGAAUUUUUAUCAAAUCGGUCCGUGUUCCGUGCGUAUCGAGAGUAUAUUGGAUCUAUUAAUGAUGUUCGUGGAAGAGCCGCUAUUUGAUAAUUUAAGAACUAAAGAACAACUGGGCUAUUAUGUGUCAUCGUCGGUGCGUAUAAAUUAUGGUAUAGCUAGUUAUUCGAUUACGGUCAAUUCCCAAGAAACUAAGCAUACCGCCUCACAUGUAGACGAACGAAUUGAAGCGUUCCGCACGAAAAUGCUGCAAAUAUUGGAUGAAAUGCCUCAAGAGGAAUUUGAUCAAGUUCACGAAUCGCUAAUGAAAAUCAAACAAGUUGUCGAUAUGUCGCUGAAUGAAGAAGUCGCACGUAAUUGGGGUGAAAUAACCUGUGAAGAUUAUCUCUUCGAUCGCCGACGCAAAGAAGUCGAAGCUCUACGUACGCUUACCAAACAGGAGAUAAUUGAUUUCUGUUUAAAUAAUGAACGCACUAAUCUACGCAAACUAUCCAUCCAGGUUAUAGGUAAUACAAAUCAUAUUAAAACUGACGCACCAUCCGAACAAUAUAUAGAAGAAGACAAUAAAUCAGCUGAUGAAGAAUUGUUUAAUACGUUGGCAGAUAGCUUAGAGUUGAGAUUUAUACCCAAAGAGGGCGAUGCCACCACUAUUGUGGACAUAACCGAUUUCAAGGAGAACUUACAUGUCUACCCGAUAACGAAAACCAAACUGGAUACUCCGAUCAUUGAUCCAAACGAACAAAAUAAUCGUGCAAUCACGCCUCGGAUCGAUAUCAUUGAAGAUUGUUGAACUUUGUUUGAAUAUCGAAAAAUAUAAAAAACUCUAUCGUGACUUGUGUGAUCGUAGAUGGAUGUGAGUUGACGUGCAAUUGAAAAGGGAGAUGUUUUUUAUUAUUUAAAUGCCCAAUUUUUAAACAAUCACAAGAAUCAUCAUCUAAAUUUAAUUCAUUCAUUAUUUUCUUGAAGUCGUGUAAUUUGCUCGAAAAAGAAACUUUAAAAAACUACAAUUAAUUAUUUAAUAAAUCUUUACUGACGGAUAUAAAUUGAAAGAAC